UUAAGACCAUGGAUAAUUUCUUCUCGCUCAGUUGGCGCUAUCUACUGCAGCAGAUAUUUUUGCAGGUCAGUCCCAAGCAAUGAAGACGAAAGCAUAAAGUAUCUGCUAUCUCUUGGUCUGGGUCCCGCUUCGCCACCUGCUCUUGUAAAGAUCCUGAAAAUCUGGGCUAGAUUUUUAGCAGUGCCGAUCUUGAAUCCACUCACUUAAGAAGAGAAACCCAGUACUUCUUUGUAGGUGCUAUCAGGAGGGUAUCCUGUUUAUCUCCGCAACUAUAACUUUACGUUGAUUUGGUUGGCAACUGGGCAGAAAUUUUUAGAUGGACAACCAGAUAGUGCAGAGGAGGAUGUCCAUGAUUGCUUGCCACCUUGGUGGGAGUGAAGAAGUGAAGGGGAAUCAUCUCUUCCCCAUGAACUGCAGUGGCACAAUCAGCUCUGUUACGCAGAGGAGGGAUAACAGAGUGCUCUUUGCACGCCAAGGGUCAGCAUUUCAAGCUUGCUUUAUGCGUCAAGUUUCAAACAAAGAGGAUAAUUGUUGUGAGCCACCUGCAUUUGCUAGACCAGUUCAGAAGUCUGCUUAUUUUCCAAAAUUCAUAGAGUGCCAAACUAUUGACAACUUUGAUUCAGUUGCAUCUGAGCCUCCUAGAUUUUCAAGGCCUGCAACUGCUUUAAGUAAGAUCUGUGAAUUUGUAGUCGAAGAGAAACAACCUACCACAAAACAAACUGAUAAUAUUUGUGCUCAGGAAUGGUCACCGCGAAUGGAUGUUGCAGAAUGUGCAUCUCAUUAUACUGUUACAGUAGAACUUCCUGGUGUCACUAGUAAGAACAUAAGAGUUGAAAUGGAUGAGAAAAACUUGGUGGUGUCUGGGAGACGCUUGAACAUAUGGGGUCUCGGUGGCAGUAGGGAUCCAACAGUUACAUAUCACAGGAAGGAAAUUUCUCAGGGUCCAUACCAGAUUGUCUGGGUUCUUCCCAACAAUGUGAAUAAGGACCAUGUUUCUGCAGAGUUUGUAGAUGGAUUCCUGCGGAUCAUGCUACCUAAAGUAUGAAAAUGUGCAAGAUGGACCGAUAGAGACAUCUUCAUGCAUAUAUGUAAAAUUCACUAUGGAGAAUAGCUUCAUGUAAAACUCUACUAUACGUGGAAGUUACAUUGAUAAAAUGUGUUUUCUCGUAAAACUUUUUUUAUAUGUAUAUGACAAUAGUAAAAUGAUUACUAUGAUUAGCAGAAGUGGAAUUUCAAACAAAUGUUAAAGAGCACCUUUGGGUUAUUAAUGAACAUAAUCUGCAGAUAGAUGGUAUUGAUUGGCUA